GCAUUUAAGCAAGCAGCCAUUUUUGCAGCUGGAGUGUACGUGUACGUACGUACUUUGCAGACUUUGUCUUUGAAAGAGUGACAUUUUUGAAGACUUUUGCAACAAGAUUGCACUUCCCUAACCUAAGAAAAUUGAUGAGUCAACUUGUUGCCGCUUAUACGAUCAUCAGUUGAUAUUGUUGUGUAGGGAGCCGAGAUGUCCCAUGAUGAGCUGAAUGCUGCCAGUGGCUCACAUGGCCACAUCGAUAGCAAUGACCACCCACCAGCUGACAAACGGAGACUCAGCAUUCAUCCCAGAAUGAGAAUGCAGAGGAAGAGCUUGGUGGGAGCUCUACAGGCAGAGACACUCAAGGAAAGACAGGCUCGAGCUAAAGAUGCUCGUGAGAUGCGUCGCACUCGAAUCUCCCCUCUCCACAAGCACAUCUUUGACAUCAUCCAGCUGCAUACUGGCCUGGAAAUACCAGCCAUAGAAGAACAUAUACUGGACUCCUCUGAGCAAUUGGACUUAAUGGACCGAUUCUUUGAGAAAGAUGGCUCACGAUCGCUGAUGUGUUUCCUUCAAGACGGUGAUGCGCCCAGUCAUGAUUCUGGUCGCAUUGUGACGCUGCCCAAAGGAGGUAAAAUGCAGCGAUUGUUUGUUACCAGUGGUCUGGAGGAAGGCCUGACUGGACAGUGCAUCUUCUUCUUACGGAGCAAGACUGAUCAAACUCUCAACCAGCGCAACAUCCAUGAGGAGAUCAAUUACGGUUUCUUUGACACAUCAGGCUCUGGUAAGCUGAGCGUCUUGCCUGGUAUCCAGCAGAUACUCAGCAAGGUCUUCAAACCUGCUGUACACGCCCUGGACAACUGGGGAGCAUUGGGUGAGACACCGCACGGCAAGAGAACACAGAAGAAAUUCUUGGAUUCGUUCGAUGGCUUCAUGCAGUAUGUUGGAAGUGCACAGACCAAUGUAUCGGGUGCAAUCCAGCUACGCGACUGUGAGGCCUUGGACAUUGAUAGUCUGCAAACUGCAGCAGACUGCAUCCUAGCAGCUGCCAAUCCAGAGAUUGUAGACGCCUUUGAUGAGCUGGUCACUUUCUGGUGUAAAGAUAUUGAACAGGUCUUAGCGGAGAGUGAGCAGAUGAGGAAGGAGGCAGAUGACACAGGACCGCUGGCUGAGCUGGAGCAUUGGAGACUACUCGCUGCAAGGUUUAACUCCAUCGUGGAUCAGGUCAAGAGUCAUAAAUGCAAGAUGGUCAUCCAUGUGCUCAACGUGGCCAAGAGUAAGGUCCUCAAGGUCUGGAAGGAGCUUGAUUCCCGCAUCACUGACGCAGCCAACGAGGCCAGAGAUAACGUCAAGUAUCUGUACACAUUGGAGAAGUUCUGUGAACCGCUCUAUCAUUCAGACCCGGUUGGUAUGGUGGAUUGCAUCCCUAGCUUGAUCAAUGCCAUCCGUAUGAUCCACAGCAUCUCCAGAUACUACAACACAUCAGAGAGAAUGACUUCUCUGUUUAUAAAGGUGACCAACCAGAUGGUGACAGCGUGCAAGAACUACAUCACCAACGACGGCAUGAGUCGCAUAUGGGACCAGCCCUACUCGGAGCUGCUCAGCAAGCUGCGCGCAGCUACCAGACUCUACAAGGAGUACCAGAAGGGCUUCCAGAAGACCAAGAAGAAGAUUGAGGAGAUACGGGGUGCCAGACCGUUUGACUUCUCAGAGAUGUACAUCUUUGGCAAGUUUGAUGCCUUCUGCAAGAGGAUUGAAAAGAUCGUUGAGAUGUUAGGCACCAUUGACACUUACUCCGUGCUGACGACAUCUCGCAUUGAAGGCAUUGAACCCAUGGCCAACAAGUUCCUGAACAUCUACUCAGGAAUCAAGAAGAAGCCUUACGAUGUGCUGGACCACCGCAAGGUGGACUUUGACAACGACUAUGAAGAUUUCAAGAUGAAUGUCUUUGACUUGCAGUGUGCUCUACAGGAGUUUGUGGAUGGCUGCUUUGAGAGGAUCACCGCUACAAGUCAAGCUUUGAUCCUGCUCAAGAGGUUUGACAAUCUGAAAAUCCCCCAGCUGCACAUUGAAGAGAAGUACGCAGUCAUACUACAGCACUAUGGCGCUGAGCUGGAAGGCAUCAAAAAGUUGUACAUGCAGCACAAGGAUGAUCCACCCAUUCCUAGGGACAUGCCGCCUGUAGCUGGUAAGAUCUCCUGGGCUAGACAGCUCUUCAGACGCAUCCAAGAACCCAUGGAAACUUUCAAGGAAGUAGGCAGUGUAUUGAAGACCCCUGAGGCACGCAAGGUGAUUCGCAACUACAACCGCACAGCAGCCGUGCUGAUAGAGUUUGAGAUCCUUUAUCACAGAGCCUGGAUGAAACAGGUGGACACCGUCAAAGCAGGUCUGCAGGCAACCCUGCUGAUCAGGCACCCAGAGACCAAGGAACUCCUGGUGAACUUUGACCCCAUGCUAUACCAGGUCAUCCGUGAAUCGGAGUGCAUGCGCAAGCAUGACCUGGAGAUACCCGAAGCGGCUCACAUUAUAUGCCUGGGUCAGGAACAACUCAAGGAGAAUUACAACACACUCAAGCUAUUACUUGAUGAGAAUGAAGCAGUACGGGCCAAGAUCCCAGGCAUCUUCCAACCCCUCAUGACAGCUCACACUAAGAAGGUGGACCUUGCCAUCAUGCCCGGCCUGACCAUGCUGUGCUGGACGUCCCUCAAUCUGCAGAUUUACUUUGACAGUAUCCGGUCGGCACUGAGAGAUCUCAAUCAGAUUAUCAAGGAGGUGAAUGACAUACGAGAGGCCAGGAUAGACUCUCUACUGGAGGAGAUAGGAGAUACAAUGCUGUGUGAUCUACCCAAUGACAAGCCAUGGAACGUGGAAGAAUUCACUACCAAAACACAGAAACACUGUGAGGAGAAGACCAAAGUCACGGACAAGCUGAGCACCAAGAUUGAAGACGCUGUCACCGACCUGGUCAGUCUGUUUGUGGAGAAAGCCCAUAAAGUGACAGGGUAUCAGCGUCCUGGAGACACCCCUAACAAGCAGGAACAUGGCUCGGAAGAGGAGAAGAGCGAGGAACCAAAGGAAGAUGAUGACACCCAGCGUGAGUCUGAGUUCAGCAUCGCCAGCACAGAGAGUCUAGAGGAAGAGGCACAGUUACAGGAGGAAUGCCAAGAACUCAUCUUGCACUUCAGUCAGCGACUGCUGGAAGCAUUGCUCAAAGCCACUCGCCAGUCGCUGGAUAACAUCAAGAGGAGGGUCUUCUUCUCAACGCCCAUUGGAGGAGGUGGACUCGCCUUUGGUGCCAAACGUGUUGGCAAGAGAUCACCAUUCUUCCAAGUCAGUGUAGCCCUGGAGAUUCCUAAUGUGGUGAUCAAGCCUAGCCUUGAUGACAUCCAACAAGCCUUAAACAAAGCCACCAUCUGCGUCUUGGAGGUCAGUCGUGGCGUGGCUCAGUGGGGACAGAAACGCUUCCUGGUCAUGAACUCUCCUAAGUCCAGUCACUUCCAGCCCUCUCAUAUUGAUGUGUGUAAAGGCAAAGUGAUUGCAUCAGUGAUCAAGAUGGAGGCCAUACCGCCUCAGCAACUCAAGAACUACUACAAGAGCAUCGCGGAGCACAAGGACAUCUUGAAGCUACAGAUGAUGCUGAGCAAUGCUAUCAGCCACACCAGGCCCAAGAUACACGACGCACUCAAGAUGUUCAGUCACUUCCAGUAUCUGUGGGAGGAGGAUAGAAACGAAGUAGUCAAGGCCUUCAUUGAGACACAGCCCAUCCUGUCAGAGUGGAAGGCAGAGAUACUUCGUUAUCAAAGACUAGAGAGACAGAUUGAGGAACUGGAGCCAUCCGUACAGGUGGAUGCCAUUCAGCUCUUCACAGAUCCAAUCAAGCUAGCGCUGACCAUAGAAGCCCAGGCCUGGAAGAUGCUCCUGGGCAAGUCCCUGAACCAGGAAUACCGCAAGAAGAUGGACGACAUCUCCGACUUUGUGGCUGAGUAUUCCAAGCGUCUGGCCCGGCCUAUCAAGGACCUGGAUGAUGUCAGGAAUGCCAUGGGUGCAUUGGAGGACCUCAGACAGAACGAUAUACGGAUUGAUAUGACGCUGGGCCCCAUAGAGGAAGCGUACAACAUGUUGCAGAAGUUCCAAGUGACUGUUGCCAAAGAGGAAGCUGACCGAGUGGACACGCUCAGAUACUCCUACCAGAAACUCAUCCUGCAAGCUGGUAAGACUCAGACCACGUUGGUCAAGAUUCAGCCUGAGUUCAAAGCUGAUCUACUGGAGUCUGUUGAGACAUUUUCCAGCACCACACAAAACUUCUUUGAUGAUUACGAUAUGGGUGGCCCGAUGGUGGAUGGCAUUUCCCCACAAGAAGCCAGUGACAGACUGCAAGUGUAUCAGACCCGUUUUGAUGAGCUGUGGCGUAAAUUCAGCACCUACUCGGCCGGCGAGCAACUGUUUGGCCUGACUCAGACCGAAUACCCAACGCUGGCCAAGACCAAGAAGGAACUGAACUUACUGCAGAAGCUGUACGGUCUGUAUAACGCCGUCAUCGAUGGGGUCAAUGGAUACUAUGACAUACUGUGGACUGAGGUGGACAUUGAGAAGAUCAACAACGAAUUGCUGGACUUCCAAAACAGGUGUCGGAAGCUGCCCAAGGGGCUGAAAGAGUGGCAGGCCUUCCUGGACCUGAAGCAGAAGAUUGAUGACUUCAACGAGACCUGCCCGCUGCUGGAACUCAUGGCUAACAAAGCCAUGAAGGAGAGACACUGGGAACGCAUGGCCAACGCCACGGGGCACACGUUUGACAUUGAGUCAGAUACGUUCUGUCUGAGGAAUAUCAUGGAGGCUCCUCUGCUGCCACACAAGGAAGACAUUGAGGAUAUCUGCAUCUCAGCAGUCAAGGAGAAGGACAUCGAAGCCAAGCUGGCCCAGGUGGUCGUAGAGUGGACCUCCCAGCAACUCUUCUUUGCCAACUUCAAGACCCGCGGGGAGCUGUUACUGAAGGGAGGCGAGACUAUGGAGACAGUGGCACUCAUGGAAGACAGUCUCAUGGUGCUGGGAUCUCUGCUCAGUAAUAGGUACAACGCUCCGUUCAAGAAGGACAUUCAGACGUGGGUGCAGAAACUGUCCAACUCCUCUGACAUCAUUGAGAACUGGCUGACAGUGCAGAACCUGUGGGUGUAUCUGGAGGCUGUGUUUGUGGGUGGGGAUAUCGCCAAGCAGCUGCCUCAGGAAGCCAAGAGGUUUGGCAACAUUGACAAGUCCUGGGUGAAGAUCAUGCAGCGUGCUCAUGAGAACGACAACGUGGUCCAAUGCUGCGUCGGGGAUGAGACACUAGGACAACUGCUGCCUCACUUACUGGAACAACUAGAAAUCUGCCAAAAAUCACUCACUGGGUACUUGGAGAAGAAGCGACUGGUCUUUCCACGGUUCUUCUUUGUAUCUGAUCCUGCUCUGCUUGAGAUUCUGGGUCAGGCCAGUGACUCGCAUACCAUCCAGGCUCAUCUGCUGGGAGUGUUUGAGAAUGUGAACGAGGUGGAGUUUCAUGAGAAGGACUACGAUCGCAUCAUUGCCUGCAUCUCCAAGGAGGGGGAGGUGGUACCUUUGGACCAGCCAGUGAUAGCUAAGGGUAACGUUGAGAUGUGGUUAGGUGAGUUACUGACCUUACAGCAGAAGUCACUACACUCUGUCAUCAGAGAUGCCUUCCGAGUCAUCAAUGAUUCCUCCUUUGAGCUGCUGGGAUUCCUCAAUAACUACAUAGCACAGGUUGGUCUGCUAGGCAUUCAGAUGCUGUGGACCCGCGAUGCUGAAGACGCCUUGACUGUAGCUAGAUCAGACAAGAAGAUCAUGCAAGUCACUAACGUCAAGUUCCUGGACUUGCUCAACACACUGAUUGAACAGACCACACAUGACCUGACCAAGAUGGAGCGAGUCAAGUAUGAGACGCUGGUUACUAUCCACGUACAUCAGAGAGAUAUCUUCAAUGAUUUGACUGUCCAGCACAUCCGUUCACCCACUGACUUUGAGUGGUUGAAGCAAGCCAGAUUCUACUUCAAGGAGGAUACUGAUCAGUGCAUUGUGUCCAUCACUGACGUUGACUUCAUCUAUCAGAAUGAGUUCCUGGGCUGCACGGAUAGACUGGUUAUUACACCUCUCACUGACAGAUGCUACAUCACCUUAGCCCAGGCUCUGGGUAUGAGUAUGGGUGGAGCCCCUGCAGGCCCAGCAGGUACAGGCAAGACAGAGACCACCAAAGACAUGGGCAAAGCACUGGGCAAGUAUGUAGUGGUCUUCAACUGCUCUGAUCAGAUGGACUACCGAGGACUGGGACGAAUCUAUAAAGGUCUAGCCCAGUCAGGUAGCUGGGGCUGCUUUGAUGAGUUCAACCGUAUCGAGCUGCCAGUGCUCUCAGUAGCUGCACAGCAGAUUGCCAUUGUCUUGAUGGCCAAGAAGGAAAGGAAGAGUGAGUUUAUCUUCUCAGACGGUGACGUCGUGUCUCUCAACCCAGAGUUUGGCCUCUUCUUGACCAUGAACCCUGGCUAUGCUGGCCGUCAGGAGCUACCAGAGAACCUGAAGAUUCAGUUCCGUAGUGUGGCCAUGAUGGUCCCUGACAGACAGAUCAUUAUGAGAGUCAAGCUGGCCAGCUGUGGAUUCCAGGAGAACGUACUCCUGGCUCAGAAAUUCUACACACUCUACAAGCUCUGUGAGGAACAACUCACUAAACAGGUUCACUAUGACUUUGGUUUGAGGAACAUCUUAUCAGUGCUUCGUACUCUAGGGGCCAACAAGCGAGCCAGGCCUGAAGACAGUGAGUCUACCAUCGUCAUGAGGGUCCUGCGAGACAUGAACCUAUCCAAACUGGUUGAUGAAGACGAGCCUCUAUUCCUGAGCUUGAUCAGUGAUCUCUUCCCCGGCAUUCAGCUUGACAAUGCAAGCUAUGAGGAAUUACAGGUGGCUGUGGCCAAUCAAGUAGAUGCUAUGGGAGUCAUCAACCAUCCAGCUUGGAAUCUCAAAGUGGUUCAGCUGUUUGAGACCCAGCGCGUGCGCCAUGGCAUGAUGACCCUAGGUCCCAGCGGUGCAGGUAAGAGCGUCUGCAUCCACGUCUUGAUGAAGGCCAUGGGAGAUUGCGGUGCCCCUCAUAAAGAGAUGCGUAUGAACCCCAAGGCUAUCACCGCGCCACAGAUGUUUGGACGGCUGGAUGUAGCCACUAACGAUUGGACGGAUGGCAUCUUCUCUACGCUGUGGAGGAAGACGCUCAAAGCUAAGAAAGGUGAGCACAUCUGGAUUGUUCUGGAUGGCCCCGUUGACGCCAUCUGGAUUGAGAAUCUCAACAGUGUCCUUGAUGACAACAAGACCUUGACUCUGGCCAACGGGGACCGCAUCCCUAUGUCUCCUAACUGUAAGAUUGUCUUUGAGGUGCACAACAUUGACAACGCUUCGCCGGCCACGGUGUCUAGGAAUGGCAUGGUGUAUAUGAGCAGCUCAGCGCUGGAUUGGAGACCAAUACUAGAUGGUUGGCUGCGAGGGCAGCCACCAGGUGAAGCUGCAGUCCUGAGGGAUCUAUAUGACAAGAUCUUUGAUGAUCUGUACCGUUUUGUCUCACUCAACCUCCAUGCCAAGAUGGACAUACUGGAGUGUAACUACAUCAGGCAGUCAGUUGACUUACUGGACGGCCUGAUCCCAGUCAAAGACGAGCACGACCACAGCAUCCUACCAGCCUCUCACCUGGAGAAACUCUUCAUCUUUGCCCUGAUGUGGAGCCUGGGUGCCUUACUGGAGCUGGACGACCGAGUCAAGAUGGAGGAAUUCAUGCUGGCUCAUGAGAGUAAACUCCACUACCCUCAAAUCGAGGAGGGCAGCGGACACACUAUCUUUGAGUUCGUCGUCAAUGCUCAGGGUGAUUGGGAGCAUUGGUCCAACCGAGUCCAGGAAUACCUGUACCCCAGCGACUCUGUGCCUGUCUACACCUCCAUCCUGGUACCUAACGUUGACAAUGUCAGAUCCAACUUCCUGAUUGAUACCAUCUGCAAACAGCACAAGGCUGUGCUGUUGAUUGGUGAGCAGGGUACAGCCAAGACCGUCAUGAUCAAAGGCUACAUGUCCAAGCACAACCCUGAUGUACACAUGAGCAAGAGCUUCAACUUCUCCUCAGCCACUACCCCCAUGAUGUUCCAGCGAACCAUUGAGAGCUACGUUGACAAGCGUAUGGGCAGCACCUUCGGUCCACCAGCCGGCCGCAAGAUGACGGUCUUCGUCGACGACGUCAACAUGCCCAUCAUCAACGAGUGGGGCGACCAGGUGACCAACGAGAUCGUCCGUCAGAUGAUGGAAAUGAAAGGCAUGUACAGCUUAGAGAAACCCGGCGAUUUCACCAACAUCGUGGACGUGCAGUUCAUCGCUGCUAUGAUCCAGCCUGGAGGAGGCCGGAACGACAUCCCAGAGAGACUCAAGAGGCAGUUCUGCAUCUUCAACUGCACGCUGCCGUCUAACAUGUCCAUCGAUAAGAUCUUUGGUAUUAUUGGCUGCGGCUAUUUCUGCUCGUCUCGUUUCAAGGAUGAGGUGGUGGAGGUGGCCAAACUGCUCGUGCCAGUCACUCGCAAAGUCUGGCAAGCUACUAAGGUUAAAAUGCUACCAACCCCAGCCAAGUUCCACUACAUCUUCAACCUGCGUGACUUGUCUCGUAUCUGGGAGGGCAUGCUGCAUAUCGCUGGUGAUGAGUGUCAGGAUGCUACGACGAUUAUGGCACUGUGGCACAAUGAAUGCACUCGAGUCAUUGCAGACAGAUUCACCAAUUCCGAAGACAAGCAGUGGUUUGAGACGGCCAUCCGACGCGUAGCCAGAGAGGAGCUAGACGAGGACCUGGCUCAAGUCAUCCCCGAUGAGCCGUACUUUGUGGACUUCCUACGAGACCCGCCGGAACCCACAGGAGAUGAGCCUGAUGAUGCCGUGCUGGAAGCUCCUAAACUCUACGAACUGGUUCCAAGCCUAGAGUUUCUUGCCGAGAAGCUUCAGCAAUACAUGGCAAUGUACAAUGAAGCAGUGCGAGGGGCUCAUAUGGAUCUGGUCUUCUUCAAGGAUGCUAUGACUCACCUCAUCAAGAUAUCCCGUGUCAUCCGUACCCCGGUAGGCAACACGUUGCUAGUCGGCGUGGGUGGUUCGGGUAAGCAGAGCCUGACUAGACUGGCUUCAUUCAUUGCUGGAUACAAGAUCUUCCAGAUUACCCUCACAAGGUCCUACAAUGCCAGUAACCUGAUGGAUGAUCUGAAGUAUCUGUAUAGAGUAGCAGGCAGCCAGGGACAGGGCAUCACAUUCAUCUUCACUGAUAACGAGAUCAAAGAUGAAGCCUUCUUGGAAUACCUCAAUAAUGUGCUGUCAUCAGGAGAGGUGUCCAAUCUCUUUGCCCGCGACGAGUUGGACGAGAUCACUCAAGAGUUGAUAUCCGUCAUGAAGAAGGAGUUUCCCCGCAGACCGCCCACCAACGACAACCUCUAUGAGUACUUCAUCUCCAGAGCUCGCAACAAUCUACACGUUGUCCUGUGCUUCUCUCCGGUUGGAGAGAAGUUCCGUAACCGUUCCCUGAAGUUCCCGGGCCUGAUAUCCGGCUGCACCAUGGACUGGUUCACACGCUGGCCCAAGGAUGCCCUGGUAGCUGUCUCCAACCACUUCCUGUCCAAGUUUGAGAUUGUCUGCCCUCCUGAGACCAAGCAGCAGCUGGUGCACACCAUGGGGGAGUUUCAUGACGGGGUGGCCGAGACUUGCACUGAUUACUUCCAAAGGUACCGUCGCCAAACCCACGUGACACCCAAGUCCUACCUAUCCUUCAUCGACGGCUACAAGUCCAUCUAUCUAGAGAAGUACGAGACGAUCUCAGAGUUAGCUCGUCGGAUGAACACCGGCCUGGACAAGCUGAUUGAAGCCAGCGAGUCUGUGACUCAGCUGUCCAAGGAUCUGGUGGUCAAGGAGAAAGACUUGGCUGUGGCUUCUAUCAAAGCAGACAAGGUAUUGGCUGAGGUGACAGUAUCAGCACAGGCCGCAGAAAAGGUCAAGAGCAGUGUGCAGAAAGUCAAAGACAAAGCCCAACACAUCGUGGAUGAGAUAGCCGCAGACAAAUCCAUAGCCGAGACUAAGCUUGAAGCAGCCAAGCCGGCCUUAGAGGAAGCCGAGAACGCCUUGAAUACCAUCAAACCGGCGCACAUCUCCACAGUCAGGAAGCUGGCCAAGCCGCCGCAUCUCAUCAUGAGGAUCAUCGACUGCGUGCUGCUGCUUUUCCAGAAGAGAUUGGAUCCUACCACCAUGGAUCCUGAGAGGCCCUCGCCUAAGCCAUCCUGGGGAGAGUCCCUCAAGGUGAUGAGCGGGGGAGGUUUUGUCUCCAUGCUCCAGACCUUCCCCAAGGACACCAUCACAGAGGAGACAGUGGAGCUACUCGCCCCAUACCUCGACAUGGAAGACUACAACCUGGCUAGUGCUAAGAAGGUGUGCGGUGACGUAGCCGGCUUGUGCUCAUGGACCAAGGCUAUGGCUAUGUUCUUUGGCAUCAACAAGGAAGUCUUGCCUCUUAAGGCUAAUCUAGUCGUGCAGGAAGUCCGUCUGAACGUGGCCAAUACUGAGCUAUCUAAGGCCCAGGCAAUCCUGGACGAGAAGCAGCGAGAGCUAGAUGAGGUCCAGGCCAAGUUUGAUGCCGCCAUGAAGGAAAAACAGGACUUGUUGGACGAUGCGGAGUCUUGUAAAAAGAAGAUGUUAGCAGCGUCUGCCUUGAUUAAUGGGCUGGGAGGAGAGAAGGUGCGAUGGACGGAGCAGAGCAAAGAAUUCAAAGAACAGAUCAACAGGCUUGUUGGCGAUGUACUCCUAGCCACAGGUUUCCUCUCCUACUCCGGCCCAUUCAACCAGGUCUUCCGUCUCAACAUGAAUGAAGACUGGAUGAAUCAACUGACUACCAGGAAGAUUCCGUUCACUAAGAACCUCAAUAUCACCAGCAUGCUGGUGGAUAAUGCCACUAUAGGAGAAUGGAACCUGCAGGGUCUACCCAAUGAUGACCUGUCUGUGCAGAACGGUAUCAUUGUGACCAAAGCCACACGCUACCCACUGCUGAUUGACCCACAGGGACAAGGCAAGACAUGGAUUAAGAAUCGUGAGAAGGAAAGUGGAUUGCAGGUGACGUCACUAAACCACAAGUAUUUCCGAACUCAUCUUGAAGACAGUCUGUCCCUGGGUCGUCCAUUGCUUCUUGAGGACAUCGGGGAGGAGCUGGAUCCAGCCUUGGAUAAUGUGCUGGAGAAAAACUUCAUCAAAUCUGGAUCCACCUACAAGGUGAAAGUAGGAGACAAGGAGGUGGAUGUAAUGAAGGGUUUCACCCUGUACAUGACCACCAAGCUGGCUAACCCUACCUACACACCAGAGGUGUCGGCCCGUACGUCCAUCAUUGAUUUCACUGUCACCAUGAAGGGACUUGAAGACCAGCUCCUGGGCCGCGUCAUCCUCACAGAGAAACAGGAGUUGGAAGCUGAGCGGACCAAGCUGAUGGAGGACGUGACGGCCAACAAGAGGAAGAUGAAGGAACUGGAGGACAACCUGCUCUUCAGACUCACCAGCACACAGGGCUCCCUGGUGGAGGACGAAUCUCUCAUCUCGGUGCUAGCCACAACCAAGGAGACUGCAGAGGAAGUGACUGACAAGCUGGUGGUGGCAGCAGACACUGAGAUUAAGAUCAACGAGGCAAGAGAAGAAUUCAGACCAGUUGCAUCACGAGGCAGUAUCCUGUACUUCCUGAUCACUGAAAUGAGCAUGGUGAACAUCAUGUACCAGACCUCUCUCAAGCAGUUCCUGGGCGUCUUCGAUUUGUCCAUGGCAAGAUCAGAGAAGUCUCCCAUUCCAGCUAAGCGCAUCUCCAACAUCAUCGAGUACCUGACCUAUGAGAUCUUCAAGUAUUCCUGCCGUGGCUUGUACGAGAACCACAAGUUCCUCUUCACCUUACAGCUGGCUCUCAAGAUUGACCAACAACUUGGCAAUGUCAAGCACAAUGAGUUCCAGACACUCAUUAAAGGUGGAGCUGCACUGGACCUGAAGGCUGUGCAACCCAAGCCAUUCAAAUGGAUCACCGACAUGACGUGGCUGAAUCUGGUCCAACUCAGCAAACUGCAACAGUUCCAGGAAGUCCUUAACCAGAUCCAGCGUAGUGAGAAGGCAUGGAAGGUUUGGUAUGAUAAGGACGCUCCUGAGGAAGAGGUCAUACCUGAUGGUUACAACACGCUGGAGACAUUCAAGAAACUACUCCUAGUCAGGAGUUGGUGUACAGACAGGGUCAUCCCCCAAGCUCGUAAGUACAUCGCUAAUUCCAUGGGAGCCAGAUACGCAGACCCAGUCAUCUUAGACUUGGAGAAGACGUGGGAGGAAGGUGACAUCAGGACGCCUCUCAUCUGCUUCCUGUCCAUGGGCAGCGACCCCACCAACCAGAUUGAAGGACUCGCUAAGAAACUCAAAGUUGAAUGUAGAGCUAUCUCCAUGGGUCAGGGACAGGAAGUUCAUGCCAGGAGAUUAGUGGCACAGUCCAUGGCUGGGGGAGGUUGGGUGCUACUACAGAACUGUCAUCUUGGUCUGGACUUCAUGGAUGAGCUACUGGAGACAGUGACGACUCAUGAACCAGUACAUGAGACAUUCAGAGUCUGGAUCACCACGGAGGAACACCCACAGUUCCCAAUCAGUCUCCUGCAGUCCUCCAUCAAGUUCACCAAUGAGCCUCCUCAAGGCGUCAAGGCGGGACUGAAGCGCACCUUUGCAGCCAUCACCCAGGAUCAGUUAGACAUCAGUAAUCAACCGCAGUGGAAACCAAUGCUGUAUGCUGUGGCAUUCCUCCAUACAACCGUACAGGAGCGUCGCAAGUUUGGUCCUCUAGGCUGGAACAUCCCAUAUGAGUUCAACUCAGCUGAUCAGACAGCCAGUGUGCAGUUCAUUCAGAAUCACCUGGAUGAUAUGGAUCCUAAGAAGGGAGUGUCCUGGAACACAGUACGCUACAUGCUGGGUGAGGUGCAGUAUGGUGGAAGAGUGACUGAUGACUACGACAAACGCCUUCUCAAUACAUUCGCCAAGGUGUGGUUUGGAGAGCACAUGUUUGCAGACACCUUCAAGUUCUACACGGGGUACACCAUCCCUAAGUGUAAGACAUUACAGGAGUAUCAUGAGUUUAUUGACAAGCUGCCAUUGACUGACACACCAGAGGUCUUUGGGUUGCAUCCCAAUGCAGACAUCACGUAUCAGAGCAACACCGGUAUCGAGGUACUGAACACCAUCUUGAACAUUCAGCCCAAGGAUGUCGGAGGAGGAGGCGGUGAGACUAGAGAGACCACCGUCUUCAAGAUGGCUGAAGAUAUGCUGAGUAAACUACCACCUGAUUAUAAACCACAUGAGGUGCGAGCGCGUCUGGUCAAGAUGGGAGCCCUGUCAUCCAUGAAUAUCUUCCUGCGUCAGGAGAUCGAUCGUAUGCAGCGUAUCAUCAGCCUGGUCCGUAGCACACUCACUGAUCUCAAACUGGCUAUCGAAGGAACUAUCAUCAUGAGUGAGAAUCUACGUGAUGCUCUUGAUAACAUGUACGAUGCCAGAGUGCCUGCCCUAUGGAGGAAGCUAUCCUGGGAGUCAUCUACUCUAGGCUUCUGGUUCACUGAGUUACUGGAGAGGAACAGUCAGUUCUCCUCCUGGUGCUUUGAAGGUAGACCCACUGUCUUCUGGAUGACUGGAUUCUUCAACCCGCAAGGAUUUCUGACCGCGAUGCGUCAAGAGGUGACCAGAGCACACAAGGGCUGGGCCUUGGAUUCGGUCACUCUGCAUAAUGAUGUACUCAAAGCCUUCAAAGAAGAACUCACAUCCCCUCCAACUGAAGGAGUGUACAUCCAUGGUUUAUACCUUGACGGUGCUGCCUGGGAUCGUAAGAAUUGCAAACUGAUCGACCCCACCCCUAAGGUCCUCUUUGUCAACCUGCCGGUGGUCCACAUGUUUGCCAUCAACUCAACAGCACCCAAGGAUCCACGUCUCUAUCAGUGUCCCGUCUACAAGAAACCACAGCGUACUGACUUGACGUACAUCACUCCCAUAUGGCUCAAGACCACACCGAAUCCUGAUCACUGGACCCUCAGGGGUGUGGCUUUACUCUGCGAUAUCAAGUAGAACCUGGUUCCUUAGAUAUAAGUUCCUUCUAGUUCACACAAGUUCCAUUGAGUAGAACUUGGUUCUAAUUGUUAGAUAUCAGUUCCGUCAAGUGAAUACUGGUUUUAAUAACUGCACAAUGUUCAGGGGUUUGGCUAUUUACUCUGUGAUAUCAAGUAGAACCUGGUUCUCCAGAUAUAAGUUCCUUCUAGUUCACACAAGUUCCAUUGAGUAGAACUUGGUUCAAAUUGUUAGAUAUCGGUUCUGUCAAGUGAAUAAUCAGGUUUUAAUAACUGCACAAUGUUCGGGGGUUUGGCUAUUUACUCUGUUACAUCAAGUAGAACCUAUAGAUAUUUGGGUAUUAGUUCCUUCUAGUUCACACAAGUUCCGUUGAGAAGAAACUGGUUCCAAUUGUUAGAUAGUAGUUCCCUCAGGUGAAUACUGGUUUAAAAAAAAAUGGCUCAAUUGCACAUUGUUCAAAGUGAAACAAAAAUUGAAGCCCAUUUUGAAAUUGCAAGUUCUUUGAAAUUCCUUUUGUAUUAUUUGUUCCAUUAAUUAUUUAUUUGUAUUAUUAUAGUUACAUUGAAUCUUUCUCAAGCAAUUUCCCUCGUUCAAGGCAGACGUUUCUGUAUCUGUUCAUUGAAUUUUUAAAAUUUCAAUUGAAUGAAUUUUUAAUUGAUUCAUAAAGGUCUCGUUGGUUUUGACAAAAAUAAAAUGAAGAGAUUUUCCCGCAUGAAAAGUGAUUUCUUUGCCAGCCUUCGAAAAAAAGGUAGUUAAUAACCCAUAUUAAGUAACACUGCUAUCUUUGAAGUUACUUUAUCCAAAAAAAAUUACAUGGUAAAACAGUUCAAAAGGAUUUCAUUUGAAUUUCAAACUCCCCCUAUCAGAUCACAACUAUGCUGUUUACUGCGCUUUCUUUUGCUAUCAAAUGGAUGGCAGUAUAAAGAUAUUAUAAGGUAUUUUAAAGUUAUCGAAUUUCUGAUAUUGAUAUCUUCAUUACAUCGUACAGCAACGCCAAGAUAAAGAACAUGCCCAAAUGUUUGUUUUCAAAUUGUUUUGCUUAAGUUUGUUACACUUCUUGUUAAGAAUUUUAACCUAUUUUGGAACUUGCCAUUUACAUGUAAUUGGUUUUGGUUUUUGAUUGAAAUUAAAAUAAAAUUUCCUGUUUAAGAUGA